GCAGUAAAGAGUCUAGUUUAUAGCGUAGCAUUGUUGGAGUGCGCAUUACAUAAAUUGAUGACGAGAAGAUCUUCCUUUUAGUGAGCCAGCAACCGUCACAUGCGACAGUUCUUCUUGAUACGAGAAACAUGAGGUCGAACAUCUCCGGUUUGUUGUUCGUUGCGUGUGUUCUGUGUGCCGCGAGAUAUUCGGAAAGUGCGAGGAUUUUGGCCGUGGUACCGACAGCGUCUUACAGCCAUCAGAUCCCUUACAGACCGUUAUGGAUCAGUUUGAGCAAACGUGGUCACGAAGUGGUCCUUGUCACCCCGAAUCCUAUCGAGAAUUACAAAGCGCCGAAUUUCACUCAGAUCAACAUCAGUCAGACUUACUCGAUUUUAAAGGCCAUCGAUUUCGUCGAUCUGCGUUUCAAAGGGCAAACCUGGUUCGAUUUCUUCGACGAACGACUGUUAGAUAUAUCUAAUGACUUCGCGGAAUCGGUGUUGAACAACACGGAUUUACGGAAAUUGUACGCACCGGACAGCAACGUUACGUUCGACGUUGUCUUGGCCGAGUUCCUCUUCAUGCCUGCUACGUACGCCCUUGCUCAUAGAUUCAACGCUCCUCUAAUAGGGUUAAGCUCGUUAGGGCUGGUUGCCGCUAAUGAACACGCUCUUGGCGGACUUGUGCUGUCUUCUCACGAGUACAGAUGGGAAAUGGAGGCGAAUACAGGCUCAAAUUUGCCGUUCUUCAAGAGGGUGUGGAAUUACGUGACCUUAUGGCGCAGCGUUUACAUCAUUUAUCGCGAUCUCUUCCCGAAACAGCAACAGAUAGCCGAGAAAUACUUUGGCCCGCUGCCUUCUGUCUUGGAUAUGACGAAGAACAUUAGCAUGAUUUUCGUCAAUGAACCGAACGUUCUUACACCGGCUUCGCCAAAACUGACGAACAUGUUGACGUUCAGCUCGUUCCAUAUAGACGAAAAUCCUAAACCUUUGCCAAAGGAUUUGCAGAAAUUUUUGGACAGCGCGAAAGACGGAGCGAUCUACUUCAGUUUGGGCAGUAACGCGAGAAGCGCAGAUUUACCUAAGGAACUUCAACGCAUGUUCUGCGAUGUGUUCGCGAAGUUGCCGUACAAAGUCGUGUGGAAGUACGAGGAGGAGCUAGUUGGGAAACCCGACAACGUUUACGCAGGAAAAUGGUUACCACAGCAAACUAUUCUUACUCAUCCGAAUGUUAAGCUGUUCAUAUAUCAAGGAGGUUUACAAAGCACCGAAGAAACUGUUCACGCCGGAGUUCCAAUUAUCGGCUUUCCUGUAUUAGCUGAUCAGGAUUACCAAAUAGGCAGAAUGGAUGCCCUUGGCCUUGGAAAGCGUUUAGAACUGCUAACCGUGACUAAAGACGAAUUUGAGAGUGCCAUUCGGGAGAUCAUAACUGACAAAAAGUAUAAGGAGAGAGUUUUGUACGUUCAAAGGGUCAUCAAAGACACACCGUACGACUUGGUGGACAAUCUCGUAUGGUGGACCGAAUACGUGAUCCGUACGAACGGUGCACCGCAUCUUCGCACGAAUUUAGCCUGGCAACCGUGGUACCAGCGUUACGACAUGGACGUCGUAGUCUUCCUAACAAUCAUCGCCUUUUUGAUCGUUUCAAAUAUGUUCAAUUUAAUUGCCAAGCUUAUCGUGUACGUUUACAGGAGGUAUCAAGUGUCCACGGGUGAAAAACAGAAAAUUAGAAGCAAAUUGCCCCUCGAUAUUUCCCCGGGUGAAUUUUACAUCGGUAGUUCCUCUCGAACCGACAACAUGAAGUUCACAUCCGCGUUCAUACUCUCCGUUCUACAUAUUUUCUGCAUUGCGAGGCGUGUAAACGGCGCCAGAAUCUUAGCAGUGAUACCGAUACCAGCGUACAGCCAUCAGAUACCGUUUCGACCGUUGUGGCUGGAAUUGCACAAAAGAGGCCACGAAUUAGUGAUCGUCGCGCCCAACGACAUACCCAACAUGAACACGACGACGAACUUCACACAGAUCAACGUUGGUAGUGUGUACUCGACGUUCAGUGAUGUCAGCUUCGUGAAGAUGCGUUUGAACGGAACGUCCUGGUUAUCGUUCAUGAAAAAUGACCUCCUUUAUUACGGUACAACGGUCACCGAUCACACGUUAAGCAACCCGGACUUGAAGAAGCUGUACGCACCUGAGAGUAACGAGAAGUUCGAUGUCGUUUUUGUUGAACUGUACUAUUUACCAGCCAUUCAUAUGUUGGCUCACAGAUUUAACGCUCCUCUUAUAGGAUUGAACUCGUUUGGGAUUCCCACUGUUGAAGAAUACUCAUUAGGAGGGUUGGUGUUGCCUUCGCACAUUAGUGUAUGGGAAAUGGAGGGCAAUGUUGGAACAGAUUUGCCGUUCUGGAAGAGGUUGAUGAAUUUCUGGAACUUGUGGCACUCGAUUUAUAUUAUAUUCCAAGAAUAUAUACCUACUCAGCAGAUGAUAGCCGAAAAGCACUUCGAAAAGCCAAUACCACCGGUACUCGACGUCGUGAAAAAUAUGAGCCUCGUUUUCGUCAACCAAGAUCCGGUUAUAUCGUACGCUCGGCCGAAUCUCCCGAACGCAAUCAUGUUCCAUUCGACUCAUGUCUCGAAAAACGUGGAACCUCUGCCUCGGGACUUGAAGAGGUUCGUAGACAGCGCGAAAAAUGGCUUCAUCUACGUGUCUUUCGGCACUAACGCGCAAUUUAAAGAUUUCCCACUGGAGAUUCGACAGAUCUUUUACGACGUGUUGGCCAGAUUGCCUUACAAAGUUGUGUUCAAGAAUAACGACAACCCAAAGUCACAUGACAACAUUUACUUCGCAGAAUGGAUACCUCAGCAAAGUAUCCUCGCUCAUCCAAAUAUUAAACUGUACAUAUUCCAAGGAGGUUUGCAAAGUACUCAGGAAGCUAUUUAUCACACGGUACCAGUCCUUGGUCUCCCAAUAGCAUCCGAUCAAGAAUUUCAGCUUAGGGUAAUAAGCUCUCGCGGGAUUGGAAAUUGCUUGUAUUUCGAGAAUUUGACGCCAGAGAUGCUGGAAUCCACUAUUCUGGAAAUGAUACCCGAUCCAAAGUACAGGAAAAAUAUGAUUACGCUUCGCGGGCUCGUUAACGACACGCCGUACAAUAUGUUGCAGAAUCUCGUUUGGUGGACGGAGUACGUGAUUCGUAACAAAGGUGCAUUGCAUUAUCGCACGAAUUUAGCUUCUCUGCCUUGGUACCAGUACUGCGACAUGGACAUCGUCGCAUUUUUGGCGAUCGUAGCGUUUAUCAUCGCCUCGAUUGUGCUCACUAUAUGUGUCCAACUUUUCACGUUCGUCUACAAACGGACGUCGAAUGAUUCUGUAAAUCUGACGAAAAAGAGAAGUUAGUUGUUCAUUAUUCGAAGAGUUCGGAGAGAUUUUUCAAGUGAACGCGUGACACGAUCUUGUCGCGUAUUUCGUAGAAUUUAUAAACGGACAGAGCAAAACGGUCAUUGGUUGAAUAUCGUAGAUUUUUAGUGAAUUGCAGUUCCGUUUACUACUUUUAACACGUGCGUUUUAUACAGAGAUACCGAGAAUUUUUAAUUAAAUUAGUUCACUCGUUACAUAUUCUACCACACGAGCCCACUAUCCGCAGAAAAUUCAGGUUAAAGGUUUGAAUUCCACUGCAAUAAAUGCCCGGCUUUAAUUAAAUACCAUGCAACAUCAGUGGGUUACUGCAAUAUUCCUGCGGAGAAGGAGAGACAAAACGUUUUGCGAAAUGAUAUUCACCCGAAGAACAACUUUAAAUCACGUUAAUC